CUUUUUGCAAGUAAAUCAACAUCUUUGGCAAGGUACAAACAGCAGUUUGACGGCUGAAGAAUGGCGAGAAAACGAUUGUAAACACACUGACAUUAUGUACGCAACGAAAGGUCCCAGUUUGAGAAUUGGAGAAGACGACCUAAAGUGUAAAAAUGGUUGCGGAUUUUAUGGUACGCCAGAAUGGGGGGGUUAUUGUUCUCAGUGCAACAGAGAACAACGGAGGAAGACUGGCCACAGCAGUUUAUCUUCAGUUGAAAGAGGACACAGUGCUGAAGGACAGUCAAGAACUUCUGUUGCUGGAUUUACAAAAUUUGAAGUUAAGAAGCGUCAGCAAGCUGAAAAAAGAACAAAGCUGCCAAAAUUUUUCAAGAAAACCAAAGAUGCUGGAAGAACUGAACUGCUCCAUGAAACGCAUGUCAGAACUCCAGAACUUGAAAAACUGCAGCAAGAGCAUCAAGCUUUGUUUGAGGCUGUUGGACAGAGGGCUGAUCAGGAUGUUCACAAAUAUGUGCAUUCAGUAAUAAAGGCGGUUUCUAAAAGUGCAGAACAAAUCACAGCUAGUGAUGCAGAUGUGUCAGAGGUUGUGCAGAACUUUUACCAGAAUUUUGCAAAACGUAUGGAUGCAAGUGCCAGUUACAUUGGUCUCACACAGGAGGACAAGGAAAUGCUUUUGGAUUAUUUUGAGAAAUAUCUUAUGGUUGCUGUGUAUAGACUACUGUUUUGUCCUCCUUGGACAACUGAUGAAGAAAAGGAUUUAGCAAUCCAAAACAGGAUACGGCAACUGAGUUGGGUUAGUGCUAAACAUUUGGACUGCAGAAUUGAUGAAACAAAUUUAGAAGUUCGUGAUCUUGUGUACACUGCUAUCACAGAUAUUUUGGGAAUGGAUUCAGCAAAGGCACCACAAGAUAAGUUGGGUUGUGUGGUACGCUGUUGCCGAAAUAUUUUUUCACUCCUGCAGCAGUCUGUAGGAGGUCCAGCAUCAGCAGAUGAUUUCCUCCCAGCAUUAAUAUUCAUUGUUUUAAAGGCAAAUCCAGCAAGGCUGAAGAGCAAUAUCAACUACAUUACUCGAUUCUGUAAUGCUAGCCGUCUUAUGUCUGGUGAAGGAGGCUAUUACUUUACUAAUUUGUGUGGUGCUUUGUUUUUUAUUGAAAAUUUAACAGCUGAAUCCCUUAACAUGCCUGUUGAAGAAUUUGAUCAAUAUAUGUCUGGAGAAUUAGCACCUCCAAGUACUUGGGAGUCAGCACUCCUGAUGUGUGAGGGAAUGCAUUUAAUGUAUGAGAACUUGGCAAUGUUGGAAGAUUUAAGAACAAGGCAUGAAAGUCUUAUGAAGGGAAUAGCAGAACUUAAAGAGAAAAUAUAUAAUUCUGAGAAUGAAGUGACUGUGAAAGUUGAAGCUGUUCUGGCACGCACGCCUCUCAAAAUUCGCCCAAGGAAGACUCCAACCAAUAUUGACUCGGAUGAUCCAACAUGCCAGGCCUUGCCCCCACCAAUUACUCCACAGGUUGUUGCUCUAAAAACUGAGCUUCCAAAGAAAACCGAUGAAACACAGUGUUUAACUGAUAAGAAAUUACCAAUUCAAGAAGCAGAGUUGUUUUUAACAGAUUCUAUUCCUGCUUCUACAUCUUAUGAUUACCUUUCUUCACCUUCUCCAGGGUUUGGGUUUUCUGAUGGCCUCAAUGGACUGGCAACACCAGAUGAGAUCUUUGCCGCCCAGGAGAGUUUGAGUUUUGUCCAAGGAUUAGCAUCAGUUAAUUAUGACAUUGAUAUUUCAGAUCUCAGUACAGAAAAUAGCUGUGCUGAUGAUCCUAUUUCACGCACUUCUCCUAAAGCUGAUGUGACUUUACCUAUUGAAACAAAACCUAUUGACGAAUCAGCUUCGUCACUCUUAGACAGCACUGAAUCUCCGACUGGGGGCCUUCUUCCUUCUCCGAUAAAACCGGUGUUAACAGCAGAGUAUCAUGGCUUCUCCUCACAAGGACCACAAAUACCAAGCAUACCAUGUGAUACAGGAGAUACGAUGGUAGUACUUCCAGAACCACAGUCAUUAGCAGCCUCUAAUACUGCCAGAGAAGUAUUGAGUCCUGUGAGAAAUGACAGGUCUAUCUCACCAUACUCAUAAUCAUCAAGUGCUGACUGAUGUGGCUAAAAAAUCAGUCAUUGGCUUGGUACCAACAACUCCUCUCUGUCUGCACCUGAGUUCCACUCAGCUGGAUGAGAGCCUCUCGUCCCAGAUGAGCCUGGAGAAGUCACCUAGAAGUGAAACCUGCCUGUCAAGUUGCUGAAGAAAGAAGCUUGUUCUCUGCAUUUUUUGGCAUUGUGUAAUUUGUGAUUGGCUGAAUACUAAGGCUUUUGAGUGCCAAUUAACGAGAAGUUAUUUUACAAGAUACUGAUCUCCCUCCCUUACUCAUGUUUCAGGUAGUUAACCAGUUAACAAAAUUGCUAGCCUAGUUGCUACAAAAUGUAUCUGAAUUUCUCUCUCUCUAUGCCUACUGUCACAUGUUGUCUAGUACCACAAGAUCUUCAAUAACACAGUCAUACUCCUUACUCCCAUUUAUAAAUUAUUUACAUGAAUCAGUGGUAGCUGUUUUUGUGUUUCUGUAACGAUUUGGGUUUGGUGGCACCUGGCCAAGGUAUUGGCAUCUCGUGAUCUUCAAAGAUGCCCUAAACUUUCUAAGAUGUUUUAAUAAAAGCCUAUGUUUAUUUUUGGUGACUUUGGACUGCCCACAGUUUCUCUCCACAAUGGUGGUUCUUCUGACACACUGACAUUAAGCAGCAUGCAUCUCGUGGGCAUGCUGGUUGUGAGAAACAGUCUCUGUUGUCCUGUACAUCCUGAAAAUGUAAUCAGCAGUGUUUGACUUUGGGUGGUCAGCACCAUGUUGUUUCCUUUCAAAAUGCAGCCCAGCUCGACAUUAUGCCUGACUAGCAUUUGCCUCCACAUGGGGGUGAGUGGCAGUUUAUGAAUGAGGGUGAGGGACUGACUCCCUUCAGUUUAUGACCCUACUAUGCAUCCCUUGUAUGCAGAGCACAACUUGCUUUGACAGUGGCUUCUCAUUUAGUUAUGCAUGCUAUUCAACGUAUGGAAUCAUAGUCUAAUUAUUGAAGUAUUGUCAGUCACUGGUACUGAUUCACAUUUCAUUGUUUGGUGGGGAUGAAUUUAUUCUGAUUAGUUUUGACUCUGUCUCUCACAGAUUUUACACAAGUUAUAGGACAGUUUGGUGAAAACAGUCAUGUAACAUCUGGUAGGAUAACACCGUAUCUCUGUUGUCAAAAAAUUGAUUGGUAGACAGUUCAAAGCUGGAACUCAAGGCGCGAGGUGCACGGUGGUCCGUGUCACAUUUGUGGAAGCUGACAAUCAGCAAUUUUGGGGUGAAGAAGCUUAUUUCCAGUCAAAUCUGGACAGCAACCAGCAGGAUGACAUUAGAUGGAGAAACAAUUUUAAGAGGCAAGUAUACUGAAACACAUCUUCAAAGACUAUCAUAAGAGUAAUGAAAAAUCUUUCAGAGACUAGUUAUAACAUCGUUAUUGCAACAGUUUUGUAAUGGAGAAGAGAGAAGAUGGAAGAGCUGAAGGUUGAAGAUCAGAACAACAAAGAUUUAGUACAAAGAUAUGCAGAAGACUACAAGAGAGUGAAGAUUUCAGACAUUAGAAUAGACUAAGAAUCGUGGUUAGAUUUCAUCACAGAAAUGCGAGUAUAUGGUUCAGUAACAGCGGCUGUGAAUAGAGUAAGUAGGUUCUUUUAUAUUGACUGCGAGAAGUGGAGAGACAGUGAGCUACAGCAGGAAUGCAGACAAUAUGAUAGAGAGUGAGUAUUAUGUGAGCUUUGUGUUAUUGAAAACAGACUUUGAUCAUUGCUGCAUUUGUUAAUUAUUUUAAAAGUGAGAUCCACAGUAAAUGUUGAUUGAAAAGUGUAAGUU